AAAUGUUUUGGUUUUCUCGCAUGAAUCUCAUUCAUUAAAGGUAAACAGAUUACUCAAAUAUUAGUGGUAUUUUUUGAACCUUAACAAAAUGAAAAUAAAUCCAGAAAAUUGGAGACAUAUAAAACUCGAGCACAACAAUGACCUUUAUUUGACUGAUUUAACCAGUAAAAUUGACGAAAUGUCAAUCUCACCAAACUCUACUAAAAAUUGCUCCAAAACAAUCAACAAGUUAAAACAAAUCAAACAGGAAAAAAUGGUUGAAUAUAUUGGGAAAGAGCGAAAGCAGCUAUUUGAAGGAAUUUUCAAUCGUUUACCGAUCAAUAGCGCGAAACUGGAUGAAUACAUUUUGAGUCAGGCUGAUUUUUUCAACUUCGUUCGGGAUGAGAGGAUUGAAGGAAAUUUCGACACUGUUGACAUUUUUCGUGCCUACAAAUUUUUCAUUUAUCGAAAAGCUAGAACGAAAAGGAAUCGUAGAGUAGCUUAUCAACAAAAGUUAGAUGAAGAAGUUAAGUUAAUUGAUGAUGCUCUCUGCAAACGUAUGCCUGCAAUGGCUGGAAUUCAAAAUUCAGAUUUUUCUCCAGAAUCAGCUGAUAUGAGCCAAAGAGCUCUCUGUAAUAGACUCAAGUCUAUUUAAAAUUUCAUUCCUCUGUUUACAUUUUCAUCAAGGUCAUUCAGGUCAUUUCUAAGAGAAAGCGUUUCAAGGUCAUCUUAAGGUAAUAUCGUUAUUCUCAAUAUUUUUUCAGCCUGGAAAAAUGAGUUGGGAGUUUAUUGUAAUCUUAAUAUAUUACUUUAAUUAAACAGCUGAAUAGCCUUGUAUUGUCUUGAUGUCAAAUAAAAUUCAAAUUUAGUAUUAAUUUCCUCUGAAUCAACAGUUUUAUGAAAUUCUAUCCAACCUGUUAUCAAAUUAAUAUCAUGUUUAACGAAACGUGUUUGGCUCUCUUGGUGUAUCAAUUGCCUUGGGCAUGAUUAAAACAGUAUUUUGUGCCUACGAUUUGAUGGCCCUUCCCUUUUACACUGUUACCUAACAACCGACAUAAUACUUACCAAUUGUUAAUUUUUAAAGUGAUCAAAUCUAAUUAAUCAAAAAUGAACA